UGAACAGCGCGGGACUAAGGGACUUCCAACCAACUCAAUGUGCAGCUGAAGUGGAUUCCACGGCACCGGAAAUGGCAACUCCCACUUGGGGCGCUGCGGACACACGAGUCCAGGCUGCCUUCCAGGAAGCCAGAAAAAAAAAAAAAAAAGGAAAAGAAAGAAAGAAAAAGGAGGGAUAGUGGAGAGCAGGGCUCCGGCCGCCGCCCACAACGUCGAGCCUUCGCCUCCAGACGGUCAAGGCAGGCCGCACUCGGCCCCAGGCACUCCCAGGUGGCCCAGCCCUCAGACCCCGCGGCCGGCCGGGCGCUGCCCGCCGGCGGGGACCUCAGGGAUUAUGGCACAAAUAGCAGUGUCCACCCUGCCCAUUGCAAAUGAGGAGUCCUCGGAGAGCAGGAUGGUAGUGACGUUCCUCGUGUCUGCUCUUGAGUCCAUGUGUAAAGAACUGGCCAAGUCCAAGGCGGAAGUGGCCUGCAUUGCAAUGUAUGAAGCAGAUGUGUUUGUUAUUGGAACAGAGAAAGGACGUGCUUUUGUCAAUGCCAGGACGGAUUUACAGAAGGAUUUUGCAAAAUACUGUGUUGCUGAAGGGCCACAGGAGGUGAAACCCCCAGGCCCCGCCAGCGCCAGCAGGAUGCAGGUCAAUUCAGGAGAAACGGGAAUCCUCAGAAAAGCUGUCGAAGACUAUUUCUGCUUUUGUUACGGCAAAGCCUUGGGGACAACAGCCAUGGUACCUGUUCCUUACGAGAAGAUGCUGACGGACCAGGAGGCUAUAGUGGUACAGGGGCUUCCAGAAGGGGUCCCCUUCCAACACCCUGAGAACUAUGACCUUGCAACGCUGAAGUGGAUUUUGGAGAACAAAGCGGGGAUUUCAUUCCUCAUCAACAGACCUUUCCUGGGUCCAGCGAAUCAGCCAGGUGGGCCUGGGGUGGUAACCGACACUGAUAAGUCAGUGACAUCACCAAGUGAAAGCUGCACCCCCAUCCGUGUGAAGACUGAACCCAUGGAAGAUUCUGGUAUUUCACUGAAAGCAGAAGUUGUGUCAGUCAAGAAAGAAUCAGAAGAUCCUAAUUACUAUGAAUAUAGUAUGCAAGAGAGCCGUCAUUCUUCUGCAGGCACUGAAGUAAUAGAAACGGAAUUACCAAUGGAAGAUUCUACUCAACUUGUCCCUUCAGAAACGAGUGAGGACCCUGAAGCUGAGGUGAAAAUUGAAGGAAACACCAGUUCACCCAAUAUUACAAAUUCUGCAGCAGGUGUUGAAGACCUUAACAUCGUUCAGGUGACAGUCCCAGAUAAUGAGAAGGAAAGAUUAUCAAGCCUUGAAAAAAUAAAACAACUAAGAGAGCAAGUCAAUGACCUUUUUAGCCGAAAAUUUGGUGAAGCCAUUGGAGUGGAUUUCCCUGUGAAAGUUCCCUACCGGAAGAUCACCUUCAACCCUGGCUGCGUGGUGAUCGACGGCAUGCCCCCGGGGGUGGUCUUCAAAGCCCCCGGCUACCUAGAAAUCAGCUCCAUGAGAAGAAUCCUGGAUGCUGCAGACUUUAUCAAAUUCACAGUCAUCAGACCACUUCCAGGUCUCGAGCUCAGCAAUGUUUGGUGGAGCUUGCUCUGUGUGAUGGGACACCACACUCUUAUUCAAGAGUCCUUUAUGGUGGAGGAAGGUGCUCAUAAUACUGAACUACUGCUGCUCCACCUUAGUUGGUAAAUAGUACCUGCCUGGCCACUGCAGCCCCGCCUCCAGGAUCUCUAACCACUGACCUCCCCACGGUUAGAACCAACAGGGCUCCUGCCUGGCACAGCAGGGCUCCCAGAACCCGCUCCAGCCAGUGCUGAGGCUGACUUCUGUUCUGAUGGAGCGAUGUUCCAGCCUUUCUGCUUGUUAAAUUUCACUUUAAUUUAAAACUUUUUUUUUUUUGGCCGCACCACUCGGUAUGUGGGAUCUUAGUUCCCCAGUCAGGGAUCAAACCCACGCCUCAUGCAAUAGAGGCUCGUCUUAAGCACUAGACCACUGGGGAAGUCCAGAUAUUUUUCAUGUCUCCCCUAGAAUCCUUGCAAGCAAGUCAGAAUCCUAUUGGAUAUUAAAGCGGACAAUGUAACUGUCAAAGACCUGCUGUAUAGCACAGGGAACUAUACCCAUCUUGCAUUAACCUAUAAUGGAAAAGAGUCUAAAAAAGAACAUAUGUAUAUAAUACCUGAAACUAACACAGCAACAUUGUAAGUCAACUAUAUUUCAAUGUAAAUUUAAAAAAAUAAGGUGUCUCUAGAAAGAAAAAAAAAGGCAGAAAAUGCAGAGAUGGUUCCAAAAGUUUGAAUCACUAGAGAACCUCCUCACUUAAAUUUUGGAAGCUCUGAACUUCCUUGGAAAUCCAGUGGUUAAAAUUUCACCUCCAGUGCUGGGGGUGCAGGUUCAAUCCCUGGUCAGGGAGCUAAGAUAUCCCACAUGCCUCAGGGCCAAAAAAGUCAAAACCUAAAACAGAAGUAAUCUUGUAACAAAUUCAAUAAAGACUUUAAAAAUGGUCCAUCUCAAAAAAAAAAUUUUUUUUUUAUUUUUGGAAGCAAAACUCUUCUCUUGAAAUGCACAGUUAUUAUUCCUAAAUUCAUCUGGUUGCUAAAUAGCUUUGUACCUUUUUAAGAGCUUUCUUGUGGCAUAAUUUACAUACCAUAUCAUUCACUUGUGCAAACUGUACACAGUCCAGUGAUUUUUCUCAGUAAAGUUAAAGAGUUGUGCACAUGUCACCAUAAUCUAAUCUUAGAACAUUUCCAUCAUCCCCCAAAGAUUCCUCCUGCCCAUUUCUAGUCAUUUCCCAUCCCCAACCCCAGUCUCAGGCAACUACCGAACUGACCACCUCUGUCUGCAUUUCCUUAAAGUGAAUGUUUAUACCCGUGUUCUCUUGAAGCAAAGCUCACGUACAUUGUGGCCCAUUUCUUUACACUGAAACCACGUAAGUUCUGUGAGGGUCUGUGGCUGUCACCAGUGUCUUUUGGGACUCAUAGCAGGUAAAUCAUAUGCCUUCUGUGCUCAUCCCCUUCUCUGUUAUUUCAAAAUUCUCUUGGAAAGCCAUUGAAAAAAAAUUAUGUCCAACUCUUUGGACUGUAGCCCGCCAGGCUCCUCUGUCUGUGGGAUUUUUCAGGCAAGGAUGCUGGAGUAGGCUGCCAUUUCCUCCUCCAGGGGAUCUUCCCGACCCAGGGAUCGAACUUGAGUCUUCUGUGUCUCCUGCAUUGCAAGCAGAUUCUUUACCUGCUGAAUCAUCAGGGAAGCCCAAUAUGUUAAAAUGCAGAUACAAUCUCAAAUCAUUCUCAUUUAAACCAGGUGGAACAAACAUAGCCACUUACUGACCCUCACCAAAGACGUCUUUCAUUUGACUCAUCAACCUUUUAAAAAAGGGAAUUAGUGGCUGAUACGGAAAAACCAGGGGCUUUUUCAUAAAAAUUCAUUUCCAGGUUUUCUUUAGAAAUCUGAAGAUCCAGCCAGCAUGGGGCCACGCUCCCUUGGCAAUAGUUCACUGGCCCUGAGUGUCCCCAGCCCCACCCCCCACCUCUGCAGAGCUGGGUUACUCUCCAGUUAACCCAUGCCCCCCAGCCACCUUAUCCCCUGCAUUUGUCAUCAUGCUUUUGCUGAUGUUUUUCUAACAGUCAAGAGAAAAGUGAACUCUUUCUUGUCUCCAUGUCUCUAUCAAAAGUGGGAAAAAGGAAGAUAGAUCAAGAGGGCCGUGUAUUUCAAGAAAAGUGGGAGAGAGCUUAUUUCUUCGUGGAAGUGCAGAAUAUCCCUACCUGUUUAAUAUGCAAACAGAGCAUGUCGGUAUCCAAAGAAUACAACCUGAGAC